AGAAAAAGAUAUUUGUCUAGUCGAUGUCGAUGAAUCUAACCUAAGAAUCCAAUUUCGUCACAAGAAAAUAGUUAUAUUUUUUAAAGAGUAAACGCGUAAACAAAAUUGAAAAUGAAUGAAGGAUUUAUGAAUGAAUUGGAGGGUGCUGCCCGUGUAAUAAUGGCUGCCCCGAAUUUAGUCACAAAUGAAGAAAGACGAAAGGCUGAAGAGAUCCUCCUCAAUUUCAGAAGAACAAAGACUCCUAUCCGAACAUGCAGGCAAAUUUUAGAAAAAUCAAAUGUAGACUACUUGCAUUUCGAAGCAGCUGAAGUGAUAAAACGAGGAAUUGUAAGAGAGUGGAAUUUUGUAUCAUUCUCGGAUAAAGAAGACCUUAUUCAGUACUUAUUUAAAUUCGUAGUAACGAGAGAUAUACCCUGUUUCGUGAGGGAUAAGAUACUGAUCGCCAUAAGUAUAAUGGUAAAGAGAAUUAGUGCUGAUGACAAUGGAAAACAAAGGCGUAGUUUAUUGAAUCAAGUUGAAGACUUGAUCACGAAUGCGGAAAAUCCGAAGAAAAUAUUAGGUUGUCAACUGUUUUCGAUCCUUAUGCAAGAAUACGCGUCGACGUGCAAAUCCAGCGAUCUGGGUUUACCGUGGGAAGUGCACAAUAAAUGCAAAAGGCAGUUUGAGACUACAGACUUGAUAAGGAUUUUUAAAUUCGUCAUGGGACUGUUGAAAGAUGUUACCGGGAUCGAGACUCCCUUCCAGCCGCAGACUGCACAAUUCAUUAGAAGUUUGUUACAAAUUGCCGAGCAGGUGUUAGUGUGGAGCUUCAGCAAUCUAAUCGCUCCGAAACGUAUAGUAGGCCAGUUCGAGAGCACCAGAGAAGUGGAAGAUUAUCCUCUGCUCUAUUUCACGAAGGAGUGGAAAGACGUUUUCCUGGCUCCGGAAUUGGUACCACUGAUGUUCAUGAUCUACUGGAAGGUGAGGUAUACCGAAGAUCUGUCCCAUCACGCUCUCGGGUGUUUGAUACAAUUAGCCUCUGUGACUGCUAAAGGUUUGGAGGGGAGGAAGAUAUAUAACGAGGAGGCUAGAAUCGCCUACAUUCAGCGGUAUCUGGAAAAUUUUUCCAAGCUAAUUUCGAGCGUUAAUGUAGACGGGAAGGAGGCCUUAGGGAUAUCGUCGAUUGCGAAGAAACUUAGUUUCUGUUAUCAUUACGAAAUCGCAAACGGACUGUCUAGGAUGGAACAGGAAACCUUCCUGGACGAAAUGACCACUCUGACGUGUCAUUUCUGCGAGAAAUCCGUAACGGAUGAAUGCAACGACGAAAUCUAUGAGGACUCUUUCAGAAACAUGAUAAGCGUGUGGUGUUAUUUGUUCGGCGAUUACGGAAAGUGUUCGAAAGAAGAGGUGAUACAACCAUACGCCAUACGCAUAUUCAACAAGUACGUACAGAGCCGGAUCGGCCCGCCUAGCGGCUUCAGAAAAAACAUCACAUCUGACGAGGAGAUCGACAACGAGAACGUCGAAGAUUCGGACAGGAUCAAGUACCUGGAUCAGCUGCAGGUCAUCGGCAUUUUCGGACGUUACGUGUUGGAAUAUUCCCUGCCAGUUCUUUACAAGCUCCUGGAGAUGGGCACCGAGCAGCUCAAGUCCAUCCUGCAGAUCAUGGAGGUGCGGCCCCUGACGCUGGACGAAUCGAUGCAGCUGGAGAGCGUGUUCGAGGACCUCCACUGGAGCCUGAUGAUAGCCGGCCACGUGCUGGCCAUAGACAGCGACGGGGAGACGCCAACCAUACCGAUCGAGGUCAUACGGCACUCGGCGAAGCGCAUGAACGUGCAGAGCCUCCUCGACCCGACCCUGGAGACGCUGGCCAAGACGCGGGACCUGGCGUUCGACAACAAGUCCAUAGACCAAUGCGACGACGUCAUCAGGCUGAUCUCGGACGCCCUCAGGCUGUGCGUCAUCGAGGAUUCAGCGGCGUCUAUAAAGCUGGGUCAUUUCAUGAGCCCCCUGGUCAGCUGUUCGCUGAUGUGGUUCAUCAAGCGGUUCUGCAUGUAUUACUUGGCGCCCGACGAGAAUUACAACACGCAGAUGAGUCCGCUCCUGCUCGCGGUCAUCGGAAAAGGCACAGAGGGGGCGAACUACAUAAUCAAUUUCAUAAUAGCGAAAGUCCAAAAUAACAUAAUCAAUUUUUACACGGAACCGGUCCUCCUUCAAGAUACCGUGGAUCUCUUCGGGGACAUAGUCUCCGUCAAGAAUAAGUCGCAACACUUCCUGAACGCCGAGAACAUCUGGAGCCUGGUCGCCAUGCAGAACGAGCUGAAGUCCGGUCAUCUUCCGCCAGAGAUCAGACGCGGUCUGUACAGGGGCUUCGCCCUGGCCGCCACCACCCUGUGCCACGACGAGACCGCGAUGGCCGAAUACAUGGAGAGGAUAGUCCACCCCAUCCGCGUACGCUUCGGCGCCCUCCUCUCCAACGGCAAACUCCUGUCCAUCCACAACGAACAGGUGCAGAACGAGCUGGUCGACCUGAUGGAAUGCCUGAUCGGCGUAUCCAAAGGGGCGGCGAUGCGCAGCGCCCACGUCAUCUUCGACAGCAUGUGCGACGUCGUCGAGGCGAUGGUCGGGUCGUUCAAGACCUACUACAACUACCAGGUGGUCGUCCAGUCGGUCCUCGAGCUACUCAGCCAAUCGGCCAAAUCGCUGGUGUGCUACCUGAAGCACGACCAGGCGUACAGGAUGUUCCGUUACAGCGUCGAGUUCGUGACGCAAUACGCGCAGUGUCACGCCAACAGACUCACCACGGAAUCAUCGGCCGAAGAUUUCAUCGCUCAGGAUCUGUCUCACAUACUGGACGUUCUGACGUAUCUACUGUCAAAAGAUUAUCUGGAUUUCUGUCCGUCGGAGAACGCGGCCGAAACGGUGAAAGCGUCGACUUACGUCAUGAGCGGCGUCUGCGUGAUAAUGCCGUUCAUCAGCCAGGAGAUGCUGAAGUAUCCCAACCUCUGCCUGCAGUACUAUCGCUUGUUGAACCACAUCAACGACAUGUGUCCCAAGGAGAUCUGCACCCUCGACAACGACGUCAUGAUCCACGUACUACGGUCCAUCGAGAUCGGUCUCUCCCAGUUCAGUCCGGAGAUCACGCAGACCUGUCUGGAUUUCAUAUCGAGGGUGAGCGGUUACAUGCACAAGCACAAGCUAGAUCACAUGCGUAUCUACGACAUGCUGCGACCGUGUCUCAAGCUCCUCCUCGAUCUGUCUCUGUCCAAUCAGAUCAGCGCCGAUCUCUUGGGCAUGGCAGGCGAGGCCGUCUACCUGCUGGUCUGCUGUUACCCGAAAGAGUACGAGGCUUGCGUCCAGAUGUUGGUGCAGAGUCAACAGGAUCACAUGGUGGCUGAUAGGUUGUCAUGCGCGUUCGAUAGGAUGCUGGGCGGGAUAGAUUUCGAUAACGAGAGGUAUCCCAGGAUCAAGUUCAAGACAAACUUCGAGAAGUUCGUGCUACACGUGCAAGGGUUCCUGUUGAUCAAGUAGAUGUAUUUUUUUUGUUUACUACUGGACUGUAAGAGUGAGACGAAGCUUUUAAAUUAAAAGUUUACUGGGUGAUGAAUCACUGGUGGAAUCCUUGACUUUGUGAUUUGAACUUUUAUCAAUGGAACGUUCUUUUAGGGUAUUGGCUUAUGGUUAUGAGCCGAAUUGACUUGAUUUUCAAUUUUUGAUUAAUUUAACCUCACUUUAUAGCAUGAUUCUAUCGAUAUUCGACUGAUUUUGAUCGACGAUUGUUCGUCCAUGUUUUCAAUCCCUUUCAAGCUAUAAUCAACAACUUUGAAUUUGAAAAGUGGGACACAACACUUAUAGAACAUGUGCAUUGCUUGAUGAAACUUUUAAAUCAAAACAAAGCACUUCAAACCUACCCGCAAAGGAUGAAAAAAAAGAAAAGAAUCUCCAUUUGAGGGAAUGAAAAGGAUUUUGUAUUUUUAUAGACUGACUAUUGCCAGCAAGAGAUAUCCAAAUGUUUUAAAACAUUAAAAUAUAUAUGAAGAACAUUCUUCUUUUUGAUUCAUCACAAUCUUUGAUUUCUUCUCAAUUAUCGUUUGGAAGAAAUGUGAUGGUGAAUCGCAAUAUCAAUGACCAGUAGCGAUAAGUGUUUGUUUACUUUUUAUAUCACUGGUUGACUCUUCAUUUUCUAUUAUUUUUGUACAAAAUUUACAUUUUCAUCUCUAUGGUUGUAUCGUCAACGUGUUGAAAAGUUUUCAAGAAUGAUCAAUUUCGAGCUCCUUAUUUUUUACUCUUGAAUUUUCUUCUUGAUUCGUAAUUCAUUUUUCACGUAAACCAGAUAUUUUUAUAGAAAAAUAUUGGAAUUGUUUUUAUUCGUCUGUAUAGGUCGGACCAAUUUUCAGUUAUGCCGCAGGAUUUUUUUUGUCGUAAAUUUUUAUUAUUGAAUGUGUAAGUUUAAAUUUUUUACUGUUCUCGGAGUUUAUAUGAACUUUUGUGAAGUUAAUAAAAUUUCUACUGAA